CAUGUAGUCCCGUCUGUAAGACCACCCUCUUGCUGGCGCCCUCUGACCUUCUCAGUCCAGUAUAUAUAGCCAGAGAGGCUAGCAGAGGUCUCCUGGCAGCCAUCAUGAAGGUGUUAGUCUCGCUCUGCGUCUUUGUGCCCCUGCUGGCACUGGCCACAGCAGAGGAGGAAGCCGUCCUGGAAUCCAUCCUGAGAGACAGAUCUCACAUCGAGGAAACUCUGAGGCUCGCGGCGGAUGAGAAAGCAGGAGAUUAUGCUGCUGCUCUGCAGAAGCUGAGGAAGAUCUACCACAGCUCCAUCAGGCCCAUGGAGCAGGCCUACAAGUACAACGAGCUGAGACAGCACGAGAUCUCAGCCUAUCCUGGACGCACGCUGGGGGACUCUGCCACAGAUGGAGAAAUCACCUCCAAACCCAUGGUGCUGUUCCUCGGACCCUGGAGCGUGGGCAAGUCCUCCAUGGUCAACUAUCUGUUGGGUUUGCAGGACACCCCUUACCAGCUGUACACGGGUGCUGAGCCCACUACUUCAGAGUUUACCGUCAUCAUGCACGGCGAGAAGAUUCGCACGGUGGAGGGCAUCGUCAUGGCUGCCGACAGCUCUCGCUCCUUCUCCCCGCUGGAGAAGUUCGGACAGAACUUUUUGGAGAAGCUGGUUGGCAUCGAGAUGCCCCACAAGCUCCUGGAGAGGGUCACAUUCGUGGAUACGCCUGGAAUCAUUGAGAACCGGAAGCAGCAGGAGAGAGGUUACCCAUUCAACGACGUGUGCCAGUGGUUUAUCGAUCGUGCAGACCUCAUUUUCGUGGUUUUUGAUCCCACCAAGCUGGACGUCGGUCUCGAGUUAGAGAUGCUCUUCCGGCAGCUUAAAGGUCGGGAGUCCCAGAUCCGUAUCAUCCUCAAUAAAGCCGACAGUUUGGCGACCCAGGACCUCAUGCGUGUCUACGGCGCCCUCUUCUGGAGUCUGGCGCCCCUCAUUAAUGUAACCGAGCCCCCGCGGGUCUACGUCAGCUCCUUCUGGCCCUACGACUACGCGCCGGACACCAGCCGAGACCUCUUCAAACGUGAGGAAAUAUCCUUGCUGGAAGACCUGAACCAGGUGAUCGAGAACCGUCUGGAGAACAAAAUCGCCUUCAUCCGCCAGCACGGCAUCCGCGUUCGCAUUCACGCCCUCCUGGUGGACCGCUACGUGCAGACCUUCAAGGAGAGGAUGAGCUUCUUCAGCGACCCUGAGCUGGUCUUCCAGGAGAUUGUGGACGAUCCUGACAAGUUCUACAUUUUCAAGUCUAUCCUGGCCAAAACCAAUGUCAGCAAGUUCGACCUGCCCAACCGAGAUGCUUACCGUGACUUCUUCGGGAUCAAUCCGGUGAGCAGCUUCAAGCAGCUGUCGUCCCAAUGCUCCUACGCGGGCGGUUGUCUACUGGAGAAGAUCGAGCGCGCCAUCACCCACGAACUGCCCUCUCUGCUCGGCAGCAUCAACUCCGGCAAGAACCCGACCCUGUCCUCCUGCGAGGCCACCGGCUGCGGGGAAAAGCCCAAGAACCGCUACCGGCGAAACUGAGAGAAGAAAAACAAGCGGGAGGGAGACCGAGGAGGAGGGGGACGAGAAAGGAGCCAAGGUGGAGCGAACAAACCAAGGAGGAGCAGUGGAGCUAAUCCUGUUCCUGCCACGGGUCCGUUUCGAGUCAAUGGAGACGGAUCUCACAGGACUUGUUUUUUUUUUUGUUUUUUUUUGCGUGAAGGGGUUGUGUGUGGGGACGUUUUAAGGGCAGGGGAUUCUGGGAAUGGGUGGAGGGAGGUUCUUGUGAAGUCUUGAGGCGGAGUUUCUUGUGAAUGUGAGGAGAGCACGCCAAAAUAACUCUCCUCUCUUUCCGCACUACUUUUAUAAACGGUCUGCAGUUUUGGAGGGAAAAUGUGUACGCAUGGAGAACAAAAAUGGCUGACACACUUAAAAAAAAAUAAAAAUGAAAUAUCCUGAGACUGAAAAUCAGGUAUCAGCUGCCUUGAAUGUGAACCAAAAUGCAACAGUGAUGCAAUUGUCAUGUUUUAAACAUACAGAUUAUAUAAUCAGUUCCCCAGUCAUGCAUCUUUUCAACUGUUUUUUGGGUUGAUUUGUUCACUUAUAUAGGUAGCAACUAUGGAUGAUUUUUUUUUCUCCUCAGACUAAUAAGCUACUAGCAUUUUUGCAUCGCAUGUUAAACAUAUUGGUUUGGUUUCUUUCACAUUUCCACUUAACCACUUUGUGUACCAAAGUAGAGGUUCCAAAAGGAUGUUUUCCCAGCAAUGCCAUGGAAGAUCCAUUUGGGGUUCUCCAAAAAACCUUUAAAGGAAUAGUUCACCCAAAAAUGAACAUUUACUGACCCUCGGGCCAUCCAAAUUUAUUUCUUCAUCAGAACAGAUUUGGGGAAAUUUAGCAUUAUCUGAGCAGUGAAUGGGUGCCGUCAGACUGAGAGUUCAAACAGCUUUCAAGUAAUCCACAAGUAGUCCGCACGAUUCCGUCAAUUCAUGUCUUGAGAAGAGAAAAGCUGUGUUUGAAAAAUAAAAUCCAUCAUUAAUGCCAUUUAAACCUUCGCUUUAGGCCAAAAUAUGAGUCCAUUAUCCAUAAUAAUGCUUCCUACAGUGAAAAUGUCCGUGCACUGUUGUUCUCACACAUCAAAAUCCACCCACAUACAACUGUUUUGGACUGUUUUUGCUUGUAAACGGUGCUUGAUCUAUGCAUAUUUCUCUCCUGAUUCAGAUUAGAUGACUUUGCACUGGAAAAAGCAGUAUUAUGGAAAGAGGACUUGCAUUUAAGCCAGAAACAAAAUUUUAAAUUAAAAAUGUUAUGAAAUGAAAAACAUCUUAAUGAUGAAUUUGUUUCAAAUACAUAUCGUUUUACUUCACAUGACAUUAAUUGAUGAACUGGAGUGGUUUGGAUUACUUGUGGAUUAUUAUGAUGUAUUUAUCAUCUGUUUGGACUCUCAUUCUGACGGCACCCAUUCACUGCAGAGAAUCCAUUGAUGAAAGUGAUGGAAUGCUACAUUUCUCCAAAUCUGUUCUGAUGAAGAAACAAACUCAUCUACAUCUUGGCCUGAGGGUGAGUAAGGUUAAAUUUUUGGGUGAAUUAUUCCAUAAACUGAAGAUUUUUUUUUUUUUUUUUUUUAAAGAACAUUUUAAUAAUAUUUUUCCACAAAAAGAACCUUUUGUGCAUUUGAGUUUCAUCAUGGAACCACUGACGCCAAUAAAGAACCUUCAUUUUUAAAAGCAUAUUUACGAUUCCAAAACUAACAGUCAGGUCUUAAGGUUGGGAUUUGUGUGGAAAUAGUCACAUCAAUCUAGAUAGAUGUUACCUCAGAAAGCUGCAUUUUUAUAAUUUUUUUUUUUUUUGGAAUUGUAGUUAUGAUGUAUGGUAGUCAACAGUGAAAAUUCAAACAGUGCAGUUCUGUGGGAGAGACAAAACUGCAAUAAAGUGUUAUUAACCGA